UUCACUUUCUGCAAGUACCACGUUUGCAUCUUGUUCUCUAUUGCAGCUAGAGACAGCAAAGAGGGUAGCUUUCUCGAAGCUAAGUUUAUAUUAUUUUAGAUAGUCAUUUGGGAGCGAUAAACCAUGAAGCUUUUAUUCAACAGGGCCAUUCUAUUGGGGCUGCUGAUUGCGGUUGGAGCACAAGAAAAUACUCGUUACUACGAAAGAGAAUGCCCAUGCACACCAUCGAAGCUAUGGCUUGAUGUCGUGGUUGCAAUUGACAAUUCCAUGGGAAUGACCAUGGAGGGAAUGGCACAGGUCAUCGCCGACCUGGGUACGGUAUUUGAUCCGACAAAUAUCACCCAGGGUGAAGGGCAUCAUACUCGAAUUGGAAUCCUUACAUACGGAACCACGGCGAAAGCGAUCCACAAACUCAAUGAGUUCAAAUCAACUGAAGAAUUUUUGGAUAGGAUUUGGGAGAUUAAAAAAGCCAGUGAUAAAUCUAGCGAGCUGAAAGAUGCUCUUAUGAAGGCUGAGGAACUCUUCGCUGAGGGUCGACCAGCAGGAGUCAGGGAGAAUGUCAAACAGGCCAUCAUCAUCUAUGCCAGCGUUUACAAGGAGCUCCACUUUGGAGAUGCUAAACAGCUAGCAGACCAGAUCAAGAUUAGUGGAAAAGACAUCAUCGUUGUCGCAUUCGACCAGGGAGGCAGACCAAAUGCCCUUCUGGAACUUCGCAAGAUAGCCACUGAAGGAUACUUCUUCAUGAACACAAAUGCCAAUCUAGCGGGAGAGCUACAGCAUGCACUGUGCCAAAUCAACUGUUUCUGUAGGAAGCAAUGGUUGCAGUAUUCUCUCGAUUCUGUGAAAUAUGGAUCGUGUUUGAGAAUUGGUGGAAUUGAUUCGAACUGGAACCUUGCAAAGAAAUCGUGCAUUAGAAUCGGCCAUGAAUCGGGUCAUCUUGCAUCUGUUCUUGACCAUGCAAAGCAUACCUUCAUUGCAUCAAUGUUCAGAAACGACUACAGGAUGGAACCACCUUACAUGUACCACAUUGGUCUGUCUUACGACAAGACGACUGGUGGCUACUUCUGGGAACGGCCUAAGGGAUCAAACCCAGAAAGGAUUCCGUUGGAAGGCUCCCUUUACACAAGAUGGAACAAACAUUUCCCUGAUGUGACUGGAGAUGCAAACUGUGUCCUGACAGCUCAGACAUCUACCAGUUUCGAGCUUUUCUGGCAGAAUGUGCACUGCAGAAACGUGUCGAAGCGCUAUAUUUGCCAGAUGAAUACAUGCGAUACCGACAAUUAUUGCCCAGACACAUAUGAAUGAGUUUUAUGAGCAAUGCACUGAGCAAUUUAUAUGCAUUGAGCCAAAUGCAUCUUCGCUGUCUGUAUUUAACCACUUCCAAUAAAUUUUGAUAUUUUUGAGUACCAAGGCAUGAGA